UACCAAGGUAUUCUCGUUAUUACCAUCGUCUAUAAUAUAUUUACGUAGGUACGUACGCGCAUAGAAUUCCGGGCUGCCCGGGGUGGCGUAGGUACAUAAAUGCCGGGGAUAAUUCUUUUUAAAUUUAUAGUAUCGUUUUCAACCCCCGACGUCACCGGCUUAUACCCUUACAUUCCGAAACCAAUGCUAAAAGGUAGUCCUUAGUAACAUUCAAAGCUACAACAACUUCCCGUCUCAACUUAUUCACAGCCAGACUUCUCUUGCGUUUACUCAUGAUCACACUUCCUUUACAAAAUGGAACGCCCUUCUACGCCACCACAGGCAAAAACUGCCAACCCCUCUAAACCUGUAGCAUCCCCUCCUACGCCUGAGAUCACCCGUCGCAUCGAAGAAAAUAGACUCCGAGCCAAAGCAUUACGUGAACAGCAUGAGUCCGCCGCCCGCGCAGCUGGCGCACCCUCCGUCUCUCGCACUCCAUCUGGCUUCAUCGCCACCGAUAAUGCGCAAGUCCCGAACACGCGUAAGCGCGCCUACGAUGCUAUAUCUAGUACCCGAGUCCGUGAGACACCAUCCACAAGUCGCGACGGCCGUGUUAAUGGUGUCUCGCCUGCCAAGGCUGCUCCUGGCGACAGUGCCGACCAGGUCAAGGCGGACAAGGACGAAGGUGCCAUCAGACCAGCGAGGAAGUUCACUAAGUUUGUCGACUACGACUUCGGCAAGAUGACGGAUACGAAAGGCGGUUUCUUGAGUGCUGAGGACGAUCCCUGGAACAAGGCAAUGUCGGGGUCUACUGCUACGGGCAAUGGAAAGGGUAACGGGCCCAGUGAAGGGCAGGAAGAGAGGCCCAAGGGAAUGACGGUGCAGGAAUGGGAAAGGCGGCAGUUACUGAAGAAGCUCCAACGGCAGAAGGCAGGGCCAUUCGAACCAGGCUUGAGUGUGCUACGGGAUGAAAAGGAUCGGAAGAGAUGUCGUGAGUGUAAAAGUCUCGAGAUCGACUUCGUAUGGGAGGAGGUUUUCGGAUGUGCCAUUUGCAACAGCUGCAAGGAGAAGUAUCCCGAAAAAUACAGUCUUCUAACCAAGACGGAGUGCAGGGAGGACUACCUUCUGACAGAGCCGGAGCUGAGAGACGCAGAGUUGCUACCCCACCUCUCAAAACCAAACCCGCACAAAUCUCACUGGCACGAUAUGAUGCUAUUCCUUCGGUAUCAGGUCGAAGAGUAUGCGUUCAGUGACAAAAAAUGGGGUUCGGCAGAGGAGCUGGAUGCUGAGUUCGAACGUCGUGAGGCGGAAAAGAAGAAACGGAAAGAAACUAAGUUUAAAGAGAAGCUACUGGACCUCAAGAAGCGAACGAGGACGGAUGCAUACCGGAGGCAGACGGGGAGACUUGGGGAAGACGGAGGAGGAGGUACGGCGUCUGGUAAGAAAGCCAGGUUUGGGGAUGCGAUUUCCAACGGUGGUAAACAUGUUCACGAAUGGGGACGAGCCAUCGAGAAAGAUGACGGUUCAACAGUGAAGACUUGUACGACCUGUGGUAUGGAAGUUGAGGAGAUGGAAUUUUAGGAAUAACUACCUAUGAAUAAUGAUACCCAGUUAUGUAGAGCAUAAUUAAUAGCUCCUUUAUGGAAAGGCCUUUCUACGCAACUUAUCAUGUUUAGACUGCAUAGUUAGUCUAUCUAGGUUAGGUACCUAAGGUAUACGUUGAAGUAUGAAUUAUUUAUUCAAGG